CAUUCGUCUCCGCCGUUAUAAAAUCCACACCCCUACAAUCUCUGUCAAAGUGAUCCACUUCUCUCAACUGAACUGGGAUUUCUUUUGAAUUAUUUUUGCCAAAAAUAUGGAGAACUUGCUGGGUUUACAAAGAAUCAACGUCAUCAGAGGCAUAAAACUUGCUAUAAGAGACGCCAGCGCCAGAAGCAGCGAUCCUUAUGUGGUCGUUACGAUGGCCAAUCAGAAAUUGAGGACUCGUGCUGUGAAAAAGAAUGUUAAUCCUGAGUGGAAUGAAGAACUCACUUUAGCUAUUGCUGAUCCAAAUCUUCCAAUCAAGCUGGAAGUUUUUGAUAGAGAUACAUUUACUCCAGACGACAAGAUAGGAGAUGCAGAAUUUGACAUCAAAACAUUUGUCGAAGUCGCAAUGAUGCGCUUGCAGAGCAUGACAAGUGGAACUAUAAUCAGAAAAAUAAAACCAAACCGGGAAAACUGCCUAGCCGAAGAAAGCCCUAUUACCUGGGAAAAUCAGAAAGUAAUCCAGCGUAUGUAUUUGAGGCUUAGAAAUGUCGAGUGCGGGGAAAUUGAACUACAGUUGCAGUGGAUAGAAACCCCAGACUCCAGGGGUUUGUAAUGUGAUUUAUGGUGUCAAGUUUGCACAAGUUGUACAGUACCGAUUGAUUUGCUUCUUAGUUAUAAGUACUCGUAAAUCUAGUCAAUUUUUCCAGAAUCGUAGUAGCUUCAGGACAAUCCUUGGCUCAAGAUGCAGGAUCCAUUCUACUUUCCUCCUUAAAAAUUGUUACGACGGAGAAUGUAAAACUGGAUAGCCGAGGAACGUAUUUAAUCUAGACUUGGUUUUACUU